AUGCAUGCAAAAGAAGAAAUAGAAAUGAACGAAUUCUAGGUUGAAGAUCCACAAGAACUAUCGAUAGAACAGCAAAUCUCUAAGAAAAUGAACCCUUAAAUAUCGAGCUCAGAAUCAAAAGCUAUCAUUAGAUUUACUGUAUUAUAUUUUGUGAUUGGAAUACCAGCUGGAUUUUAUGCCUCGUUGACUCUACUUCUUUAGGGAAGUGGCAUUUCAUCAGGCUAAAUGGGUAAGCUAUAUGAAUUAUAUUAUAGCUUUUUGGGUGACUAGUCUUUAUCCAUUAUCUUUCAAAUUAAUCUUGGCUCCCUUUUUGGAUAGUUUCUAUUUAAGUAAAUUUGGAAAGAGGAAAACUUAUGUGAUACCUUCUUUAUAUAUGCUUGGUUUAAAUUGGCAUAUAGUGGGUAUUCGUAAUAGAUAGAAGAACUUAAUUUUUAUCCUUUGUUUAAUAAUAUUACUCACGGUUUUGUAGUAUUGUGCAACCAUAGCAACUAACGGAUGGGUUCUAACAUCAUUCUCAAAAUAUUAUGUUCAUUUUGGAGCAACUUGUCAAAUGGUUGGAUUAUCAUUAGGGUUUGUGUUUAGUUAUGCGAUAUUGAUGAAUAUAACAUUUGGUUACUUUGUAAUGAAUAUUUGGGUUUAGAUUAACCAAUAAUAUCAUUAAAUUCAUACACAUAUAGGAAUUAUAACAUAAUAUUUAGCUACUGAAGAUUUUGUAGAGGAAGAAAAACCUAAUUUUAUAUAAGUGUUAAAAUUAUCAUUUUCAUUGUUAAGUAAUUCAAAUUUACGAUUUUUAUUACUCUUUCUCUUAACAAGGAGAUUUGCAUUUACUCCUGUGAUAGCAUCAACAUCAUUCAAAUGGGAUUCCCUUAAUCUGAAUAUGCAUCUAUAGAAGCUAUAUGCACUACAUCUUGGAUAUUAAGUUCUUUAUUGGUUGCUAAAUACCUAUAAAGAGAUGACUUGGGUAUUAAAUGCUUAUUAUCUAAUGUUUUUGGUUAUGGCAACUCAUUUUCUUUAUGUUAUUAGCUUUAUUAAGACGGGAGGAUAUAAUAAGUUUUUAUGUAUGUUAUACAAUAUUAUUUAGUUUGUCUUAUAAUAUAUAUAUGAAUUUAAUAAUUCAUUUAUUUCGUGCACAUUAUCUGCAUUCUUUUUGAGAAUAGCUGAUCCUACAAUAGGUGCAACAUAUGCUACAUUAUUAUUUGGCUGUUAUUUAUUUGGAACUUAGUUUUCAGCUAGUGUUUCCUGA